AUGGCAGUAGCCAUCUUAUCUCAGCUGGACACAGAGAGGGAGAGCUUUGGCGAGCGAGAGAGAAUCAAGUCUCAGAUCCGGGAGCUACGGAGCCACCAGAUGCAGCAGGGCAGUGAGCUGCACAGGACAGGCUCCAACUCAGGCAUGGUUCUGGUUCUGGACCCCCUGGUGAGGGAUGAGGUCCCUCUGCUGACCCGCCCACAGACCCGGGACCCUGUGACAUCAUCAGAGCCGGACGUGGUCCUAUCCCACCGCCAGCGUUCUGACUCGACAUCCUCAGAACGCAGCCUGGCCUCCAGGCCCCGUCUGAACUCUGGAGCCUCAGAGAAGAGUCUGGGUCUGGGCUCAGCCUUCCGGACCAGGGUGGACUCUGGAGAAUCAGAAAAGAGCCUGGGCUCAGCCUUCAGGACCAGGGUGGACUCUGGAGCAUCAGAAAAGAGCCUGGGCUCAGCCUUCAGGACCAGGGUGGACUCUGUAGCAUCAGAAAAGAGCCUGGGCUCAGCCUUCCAGGACCAGGGGGUGGACUCUGGAGCAUCAGAAAAGACCUGGGCUCAGCCUUCCGGACCAGGGUGGACUCUGGAGCAUCAGAAAAGAGCCUGGGCUCAGCCUUCCGGACCAGGGUGGACUCUGGAGCAUCAAGAAAAGAGCUGGGCUGCAGCCUUCCGGACCAGGGUGGACUCUGGAGCAUCAGAAAAGAGCCUGGGCUCAGCCUUCCGGACCAGGGUGGACUCUGGAGCAUCAGACAGAAGCCAGUGUUCCGCCCACAGAGGCAGACUGGACUCUGGGGCCUCAGAGUCCCACUUCAGACAGAGACUGGACUCUGGCACGUCAGACUCCAGUAUGGGACCGCCAGCCCCCCUGGGCUCUGAGACCUCCGACGGCGCAGGGCUCCUGUCACGGAAACGGCUGGACUCAGGGACGUCUGACCUGAGCGUGGGCGUGUUGCCUGUGGGCCGGAGCCGAGAAGAGCAGCCAGAGGUGACCAUGAGUAGCUCCUCCUCCAGCACAGACUCCGAGGCUGAAAGCACCAACCACCAUCCAGACCAGCCCCAUCAGGACAGCACCACUACCAACCAUUAUCAGCCUGAUGAGGCCGUCCUAUUCAGGAAAGCCCCAGACUCCCACAGUGGCCUGAUCAAUGGCAGUGCCAAGGAAAGAGGAGACAUCCAGGAACAGAAGGUCAGAUAUACUUUACUCACUCCUCUCAGAAAAUCAAAUGAUGCAGUUCCUGAGAAGAAAGAGCCAGUUGUCUUGGCCUCUUUCGGCCGGGCUAACUCUGUGCGGGACCGUAUGCGUAAGUUCACGGAGCCCAGUCCCAGUGUCCCGGUCCUGAAGAGGGGCUCUCAGUCUCUGAGGAACGCGACAGCCCCCAGUGCCCGGGUCCUAGGCAGAGCCACCCAGCUGAGUGAGGGGCCAGCAGCAGGGCCAGCCAAGCAGACAGCAGUGACCACAGUAGUAUCCAUCACCACCCCUACAGACAGGCCCGGGAGAACCCAUGUAGGCUCUACAUCCUACUCUUCAUCCGCCUCCUCCUCAAAGAACCAUGUCCAAUGCCAGGGCACAGUUCAUCCAGGGGGCGUGGCCACCAAACCUCUGCAAAGCGCUGCUCAAUCCUUGAACGCUGUAGGCGGGGCAAAGCAGGCGGCUGAAAAGCUGCGGCACGCCUCGGGCGGCUCAAAGGAAGACAAGACCCCAGGGAGAGCAUCUGCACAGCGGGACAGCAAGGGAGCGGCAGACCCCGACAUGAAGACCUUCCUAACUAUCGAGAUCAAAGAUGGGCGCACCACCACCACCACCACCACCACCACCUCUUCAUCCUCUAGAGGCAACCUGGCCCCACGCAUCACCACCAACCCCAUAGGACAGAGAGCAGAGUUGACUCUGGGCCUAAGAGCGACCCCCUUCAAGAUGUCCUCCUCCAGCCUUACCUCCGGAUCAUCUUUCAAGAUGGCCUCAGAGCCAGUGUUGGCGGUGGAGCCCUCAGUGCAGGUGGCCUGCUGUCAGCCCCCGGCUGCUGUACCCAACGGCUUCUCUGCGCCACCUCGGGACAAAUUCGAAGAGUGCUCCAGAAAACUGACCGCAGAACAGCUGGCCGCCAUCGACGAUGAGGAGCUCCUGGAUAAAAUGCUGGAUGAGUCCAAGGACUUUGAGGAGAGGAAGAUGAUCCGACAGGCCAUGAGAGAUCUGCGUAAGAGGAAGAGAGAGGCCGAACUGGGAUGUACUCAAGAGGAAAUAGACCAGAGAGAAAAGGAGCGGGAGUUUCGUCUUGCGGAGCUUCGGCAGCAGAGAGCGGAGCAUACUCAGAAGGGUCGUAUGGGAGGAGGAGGAGCUGGAGAGGUGGUGAUGAGGAAGGUGGAGAUGUCAGCUGAUGGCUCCACCCUCAGCCAAGUCACCAAGACAAACCGCUUUGCCAAGUCUGGUGAUGGCAGCAGGACAGCUCACAGCACCAUCAUGGAGGCCAGUUAUGCGAAGAAAACAGACGUGGGGAUAGUUCAGUCCAAGUCCUACAGCUGCUCCUCCUCUACCUCCAGCAGCAGCUCCACCAGGAAAGUGGGCAGUGUGUUUGACCGCGAGGACGACUCGGCGUCCCGUGCUGCGGAGCGCCGGCAGGCAGAGAAGCGCAAGGAGCUGAUGAGAGCCCAGACUCUGCCCAAGAUGUCUGCCGCACAGUCCCGCAAAGCCAUGAUCGAGAAACUGGACAAGGAGAGCGGAGGGCCAGGAAAUAAAGCAGUUGCCAAGGUGUACACAGUCCAGCGCUCGGCUAGCUGCCUGGUGCCCAAUGCCAACUCCAUCAAACAGAUGCUCCUGGACUGGUGCCGCGCCAAGACCCGCUCAUACCAGAAUGUGGACAUCCAGAACUUCUCGUCCAGUUGGAGUGAUGGCAUGGCGUUCUGUGCCCUCGUGCAUAACUUCUUCCCAGAGGCCUUUGACUACUCCUCUCUCACCCCUGCCAACCGCAGACACAACUUUGAGGUGGCCUUCAGCACUGCAGAGGAAUGUGCCAACUGUAUGCCCCUGUUGGAGGUAGAGGACAUGAUGAUCAUGGGGAGGAAGCCUGACUCCAAGUGUGUGUUCACCUAUGUGCAGUCACUGGUCAAUCACCUGCGCAGGCACGAGAUGAAACUCGCCAAACUCCAGGGCACCAACCUCUGAUCUGCUCACUGUGUAUCUUCCCCCAUCGCACCCCUCCUCUCCUCCUGAGCUCUGGUCCUGAACACCACCCACGUCCCAAAAGACAUCAGCCCCGACUCUGAGUGAGGGGUGUUACUGAUUUGCACAUCUCUGAUGGCCAACGUGGUGGGGAGUGUGUUUGUGUAGGUGUUGGCAUCUGUCUUAUGAUUAUCUUUGUUGAUGGUGGUGGCAUGUAAGACAGAUAAAUUCCCUUCCUCUGGACGCAUGUGUUUAGGCUGUGCGAACCUUCCCAUCUUCCAGAAAGAGAAUUCCAAAGUUUAAUAGAGAAUCUUUAAGCUUUAAUUGAUAUUUUUAUUUUAUACUGAUAUUUAGUUGUACAGCCUAUCAGUCAUAAGGCAGUUCUAUACAUGGUUUGGAAGUCUGAAGAUAAACCACCAACAAAACCCUACAUGAAAUGUACAUGAGAAAAAUAGGAAUUUUACUGUAUUCCCUCACCCACAUUAAUGCCUAAAUGUUUUUGUUUUCUGUGACAAUUGCAAGAUGUUACUCAAGCUGUUGGCGAUGAUGAAGAAAACAAAUAUGAUAUGAGGCAUUGUUAAUAUUCCUUCAGUCCCCACUCUCGUACUGUUAAAGGUGUUGCUAAACACAUCUAUUUGAAUUGUUUUAAAUAGUGCUUUGUAUGGAGGGAUGUUAAUUAUUAUUUGGUGGGUGCUUAUAUUUAUUCUAUUACACACACGUACAAGUAUUUAUUAAUAUGCAUGUGUGAAUUCGAUUUAUUUUUUGCAUAUCACAACUCUCCCUGAGACAUCCUCGAGAAAGUGGGAUCACAACCAGGGUCUGGACACUAGACCAAUUAAGGAUUAAAUGCCUUGCUCAAAGGCACAGACAGAUUCUUCACCUUGUUGGCUCGAGGAUUUGAACUAGCGACCUUUCGGUUACAAGCGCAACACUCUAACCCAGGGAUGGGAAACUCUAGUCCUCAGGGGCCGGAGUGGUGUCACUUUUUCUCCACCCCUAUCGAACACAGCUCAUUAAACUAACUGCAUUCUAAACUGAA